GAACAGAGUCCGUAGAAGUCACGUUGGACGGACAGUAUAUUGAAACUUGGAUUAUAUAUUAUAUAUAACCGUCUAAGAAUGCUUUCAACAUCUAGAGCAAUUUUAAGAUUUUCCAAUAAAGCUUUUAAGCAAAACAACACACUAAGAGAUACUGUUCUCCGACCUGGAACAGCAAUGUCAUUAGAUUCUGAUCAUUUCAUCGGACCAUUUAAUAUUGAAAAUCGUAGAAAUUUCCGCAAAAGAUUACAAAAAUGGAGAAAUGCAACCCAACCACCCACAAAUCCUAUCUUCUCCAAAGGAAACAGUAUAACAGAUGCAGGUGAUAUCUUUAGAACUUUGCCAGAAUAUAAGCCGAAUACUCCCAAGUUGGGCUUUGAAUUUAUUGAAAACAUGGAAGGAGUUAAUGAUACCGUACGAAAACUAUUUAGCUUGGACUUAGCUGAUAAUCAUGAUCGAUUCUCCAAAUGGAUGCAUGACUUUGUAUCGCAGAUAAGAGAACAUCCCGUAGACGUUCAAUCAUACGAAUAUAUGAUUGCUAAAUUAACUGUUGAAAUAAGAAAUCACGCUAAACAUUGCCUCAAUAUAAAGAAAGAUAAAAGAAGUAAAACUAUCCUUCAUAAUAGAAUAGCGAAAAGGAAAAAGUAUCUUAGAUUAUUAAAAGAAAUGGACGAAGAGAAAUUUAAUUGGAUUUUAAAUGAACUUAAAAUUCAAUAUAUUCCUAUUACUCCUGAAAGUUUUAUAAAAGUAUCUGAACGUGAUCAGCAACGUAGAUUAAUACUUCAAGAAGCUGAUAAUAUUAAAGAGAGCAAAUUAAAAGAAUUAAGGGAAGCUUUAGCGGAAGAACGGGAAAAGUUCGAAAAGGAAAAAGAAAUUGAAUUAAAGGAUAUUGAAAAAAGAUUAAACCAACUUGGUAUUUCUAUGAAAGGUAAAGAUGUUCCAACAAUUCUAGCUAAUUUAGAAGGUAUGGAAAAACCACCAACAGUUAAAAAAGUAUCGAGAAGGUGGAUGGUUCUACAGAAAAAGUUUGAAGUAUAUGGUGUUGCUGAAAAAUAUCCAGCUAAUUCUCCAGGAUAUUAA